AUGAGCGCCAAACAUAUCGCGGCUGUCAAGGAUGCUGAGAAGAAGAACAAGUCCGGCGGCGGCGGGGGUGGUGGAGGAGCAAAAGGUCAAGGCGGAGGACAGAAGGGCGGAAACAACAACAAUGCCAAAGGUAGACAACGAAAGUCACAAGACACAGCUGUGGAGGAGCAGGAUCCGCCAGAAGUCACCGAAGCACUGAUGUCGUUUCGUAAAGUCGAAAAGAUUGUGAAAGAGAACCCAAGCAUGGCCGCCAGUGUCCUCUGGAAGAUCACCAAAGGACUACAGGCGGAUCCACCAUCAGCACCAGGAUCACUUUCGCCAACACAGAUCGGGAUGACGCUGUAUCUAUCUCGACUCUCAAUGGCCAGGUUGAUCGUAUACCACUCUCGGAGUCUUGCCUUUCAAUACUAUCUGGAUGCUAUUCAAGGACGGUGGCAGAUCGACCCCAACGACUUUCAGGGCCUAUGUGAAAUGGUACAUACUACCUCGGCAGCUCAACACCUCCACCGCUGCAAGGAAUACCUUUCAGCACACUCAAAGACUGAGAAACUCAUGACACCGCCCCCUCCAGUACCAACCCAACCCAGCACCGCAGAAGCGCCAGCAAAGAAGCCAGCAGACCCUAACCUCAAACUCCUGACAAUCCUGAAAGAGAGCGCCAGCAUGCUGAGUCAGACAUCUUCAGGAGUUCAUUCAUCUGCAAGCAAGGGCUCGACAAUUGACGACCGCUUCGUGGGAGAGACUGCACUCACGCUUUUUGCAUUGGUUGUGGCCUUAUCUGAAGCUAGCGGGGAUUCUACGGGAACGAUAGAUGCACUGAGGAGCAUGGCUGUGAUAUACCAUAAAGGGCUUCGACUCACUUACUCGGCUGCUGCUUGUUUGAUCCGAUCUGCGGAGAUGGUGUUCUCGACGAAUUCUUUGGGCAGAGAGGAGAAGGAGCAGCAAGUGGAGGAAGGGGCAUGGGAUCUGUUCCAGGCGCUGCUACUUGCCAUGGAGACUGGCGACUUUGUCAGGAUGCAAAGGGCUAUCAGCAUGUUGGAGAGUUGCGAUAUCCCGACCUUCCAGGAUGUAAAGACUGUGAUAGAGGUAGCACAGGCGGUGAUGUCGCAAGAUAACGACUUUUUACGCAACACGGCACCAAACAGCCUCGAAUACUUAUUGCUGCUACUCCAAGAGCAAAAAGAAGCUGCAAAGUCCGAGCUAUUGAUAUGUCGCCGGACCAGUCUAGAUGCCAGUAUGACCGCCCUUGAGCGCGUGCAGCGCCUUGUGUCAUAA